GGAGUAAGCUGCUUCAAGCUUUUCGGAGAAGGAAGGUGGUUUUUGAGUUCCCGAGGCCAGAACAGGGCUGACCUGUGGUGGCCUCCGUCAGCUGUGAGGCCGCGCCGAGGAGUCGCCGCCUCCUAGUCCUGCUUCUCCGUUGAGGUGCCGCGCGGCCUGGCAGCGGGGUCCAGGCCUAAGCCGCGCGGCCAGGGCCUCCCGGGGCCGCCCGGGCUCAGCAUGCCCGGGGUGAAGCUGACCACCCAGGCCUACUGCAAGAUGGUGCUGCACGGCGCCAAGUACCCUCACUGCGCUGUCAACGGACUCCUGGUGGCCGAAAAGCAGAAGCCACGUAAGGAGCACCUCCCUCUGGGCGGCCCGGGAGCCCACCACACCCUCUUCGUGGACUGUAUCCCCCUCUUCCACGGCACGUUGGCCCUCACCCCCAUGCUGGAGGUGGCCCUCACUCUGAUUGAUUCAUGGUGCAAAGAUAAUAGCUAUGUGAUCGCUGGUUAUUAUCAAGCUAAUGAACGUGUAAAGGAUGCCAGCCCAAACCAGGUUGCUGAAAAGGUGGCUUCCAGGAUAGCCGAGGGCUUCAGUGACACGGCUCUCAUCAUGGUAGACAACACCAAGUUUACAAUGGACUGCCUUGUGCCUACAAUCCACGUGUACGAACACCACGAGAACAAAUGGCGGUGCAGAGACCCACACUAUGAUUACUGUGAAGACUGGCCUGAGGCCCAGAGGAUCUCAGCCUCGCUCCUGGACAGCCGGUCCUACGAAGCCCUCGUGGACUUCGACAACCACCUGGAUGACAUCAGGAAUGACUGGACAAACCCAGAAAUCAAUAAAGCUGUUCUCCACCUGUGUUAG